CAAGGAGCUGCCUUCGCCCGCGCCCAGUCGUGGCGCCCUCGGGGGCUGGGUGCCCGGUGGCCUGCUACUCCGAGGACGGGGCCGCCGUGGACGCGUUCCUGGCGGGAGUGUCGGCAGGGAACAUCGCCGUGAACGCGGGCCCGCAGCGGAUGCAGCUGAACUACCACUGCGGCUUCGGCGGCGUGGGCACGAGCGGCACCGGCGUGCACAUGUGGGGCCGCGAGGCCCUCCGCGAGUUUUCCAGCCGCAAGUACGUUAUCCGCGCCAGGGGCGGCUUCGCGAAGUCGUUCUUCUCGGGACCACCGCCAGCUCCUGCUCCGACGGCGUGAGUGAACAAGGACGCAGAGCUCGCCCGCCUCCGGGCGCUGCCGGCCCCCGUGCGGGCGGCGCUGGCCCCCCCCACCGCGGCGAGAGAGAGCACACCGCCCCGCUCGCGCGGCCCCGGCGCGCUGCGCCCCGGCCGCCCCCGCGCCGCGGUGCGCUGUGCUGUUGGGGGGCCCGCCCGGCCUGCGCGCAGUCGGGGAAAAAGGAGCUCCGGGCGCCC